AUGAUGAAACCUCCUUUAAGGGACCAGGUAAGAGCACUGCUAGGGACAAAGAAGAACAUCAUUGCCAUAAGAGCGAUUGAGGCUGUGGAGGCCCCUGCAGACGAGCUUGCACCUACCCUUGGGGACAGGAAGAACAUCAACCAAUAUGUGUAUUCAACAUAUUAUUACAUGUACAAGAUGGGGCUUAUUGGAAAAGACAGGUUUGAAAGUGCGAAGGAACAUUUUCGAUGCAUGAAGAAUUAUGAAAAGAUGUUUAUAGAUACAGAGAACUCAUAUAUCAUCUCUAGGAUUGAGGCCGAUCGAAGGAGAGACAAGACAGUGAAGAGGGAGUUUAAUAAAGUUAUGGAUACCAAGGAAGAACUGAGAUCCUUGCUUGUAGAGCUCCCAGAGAUCACAGUCGAAGAGGCGCACAGGAUUAAAGACGGGGUUUGCAGUGUGAAAAGCAUAUUCGUGAUUGAUCUUGACCCCAUAUUUGACAUUAGCAGCCUUAGAUGCCAGGCCAAGGAAGAAGCAUCUAGAAGGAUAUCUGAGAUUAGAGAUAUUUUGUUUUGUAUUGAUAGCAGGCAUCCUAGGAUUUGCACUCUUGGAGCCAUAGGAGAAGAGGAGAAGGAUGGAGACAACGAAUUAAUUACACUUAGGAACUUUAAGAGAGACAGGUAUCAGCAUUUUGAAAGAAUCUUUAACGGGCCUGAAAAGUUGAAGUUUACAUGCACACCUCUUUUUUAUAGUAUAGAUAGAUUAUUGAAAAACCGUGUGACACGGUUAUACGAUUCUGUUGUGAAGCUUUACAGGACAAUGCAGACAGUUUACUUUAUAUCUUCACGACCUCUCCCUCAGAUAUUGGCUGAGCUCCUUUUUUUUGAGUACUCAAGCCUGGACAUAAGAGACGUGGUUUCGACAAUGGAUGCUCCCUUUGAUGUCUACAAGGAAAUUCAAAAGAAGGGGAAUAUGAGGGUUGUUGCUGUUGGAAACAGCACCUUUGUCUCCCAGGAGAGUAAGAAUGUUUAUAGGAUAGGAUACGAGAGUUUCCGAAGAAUGGUUGAUGGGAUUCUCCAGAUGGAGAACACUAUGGAAAGAAGUGGCGAGGGUCUUUGA